GGCACCACUUCUUCUGAAGCUACUACCCUGGGCACCACUUCUUCUGAAGGCACCUCUACUGUGGAAAGUACAACGUUGGGUACCACUUCCUCUGAAGCUACAACACAGGGCACCACUUAUUCCGAAGCUACUACCCUUGGCACCACUUCGUCUGAAGCUACUACCCUUGGCACCACGUCUUCCGAAGCUACUACCCUUGGCACCUCCACUGUAGAAAGUACAAGCUUGGGUACCACUUCUUCUGAAGCUACUACCCUUGGCACCACGUCUUCUGAAGCUACUACCCUUGGCACCACGUCUUCUGAAGCUGCUACUACUCUUGGCACCACUUCUUCUGAAGCUACUACCCUUGGCACCUCUACUACAACCUUGGGCACCACGUCUUCCGAAGCUACUACCCUGGGCACCACGUCUGCUACUACCCUUGGCACCACUUCUUCCGAAGCUACUACCCUUGGCACCACGUCUUCCGAAGCUACUACCCUUGGCACCACUUCUUCUGAAGCUAGUACCCUUGGCACCUCUACUGUGGAAAGUACAACUUUGGGCACCACAUCGUCUGAAGCUACAACACAGGGCACCACUUCUUCUGAAGCUACUACCCAGGGCACCACUUCUUCCGAAGCUACCACCCUUGGCGCCACUUCUUCCGAAGCUACUACCCUUGGCGCCACUUCGUCUGAAGCUACUUCCCUUGGCGCCACUUCUUCCGAAGCUACUACCCUUGGCACCUCCACUGUGGAAAGUACAACCUUGGGCACCACUUCUUCUGAAGCUACUACCACAACCUUGGGCACCACUUCUUCUGAAGCUACUACCCUUGGCACCUCUACUGUGAAAAGUACAACCUUGGGCACCACUUCUUCCGAAGCUACUACCCUUGGCACCACUUCUUCCGAAGCUACUACCCUUGGCACCACGUCUUCCGAAGCUCCUACCCUUGGCGCCACGUCUUCCGAAGCUACUACCCUUGGCACCACGUCUUCUGAAGCUACUACCCUUGGCACCACUUCUUCUGAAGCUACUACCCUUGGCACUUCUACUGUGGAAAGUACAACCUUGGGCACCACUUCUUCCGAAGCU